ACCACCGAACUCACAAGCAGCAGCGACACCAAAGAGAUGCACAAGUGAAUUUUGAGUCGACUCAAAAAUCACCCGAACUCACAAGCAGCAGCGACACCAAGAGAUGCAUGAGCCCUGCAAGCGCAUCAGUCCAUCAGAUCAGACCAUCGCCGUGGCGUCCAAGUGUCGCUCGGGUGCAGCUCCGCUGCAUGUAUUACAACCGCUAGCGCAACCCUUGUCAGACAGGACCAACUCUUAUCCUAAGCGGAUUUGCCGCACCUGCGUUUCCGCGUCUUCGGUUCCUUUACCUUCAAGCAACCCCGCGACAUCCACUCCCCUGCUGUCGCCGCUGCAGCGGGAAAACGGCAUCGGAUUUUCUUCCGAGCGAAUCAGGGCCCGCCGCAGUAGUGCAUCUUGUUUGGACACUCAGUUCGCUUUCCGCUCUUUCGGCCUGUCCGUUUCGGCAGCAACCGUCCUUUCCCAAGAUUUUGGAACAGCCUUAUCGACUCGGCCGUACACCCUGUACAGCGAAUGCGGCUUCAAGCCGACAUACACGUUGGAGUAGACAUUCAAAGUUUGCUUUGAAAGGCUCAGUUCGCUUCGACACUUCACUCCCUCGUUUCUUGAGCGUUUAAGGCAACGACGAAGACGUCCCCGAGAUACUACGUGCCAAGGAGACCGAGAAUUUCAAAGCUCUCAUAAUCCGUGAGAAACAUCAUGGGUUCCGCUGCGGGGGUCGUUGCGCUGAGAGAACUGCGCGCGUUGGCGGCGGAUGCCGACGUCAGCAUUCACGUCACCCGGGCCCCCCGCUCCAAGCGCCGCGGUUCGGCCUUGAAAGCUUUGCCCUCUGAGGAGAUUCUGUCGAUCGCUGAAGAGAUUUUUGGGGGGCAGCUCUGGAUGGAAGCAACUGAAGACUCGCAAGAAUAUCAUACUCUGCAUGAUGCGGAUGCCAUGAACUUCAAUGACGGAGGAUUGCAAGGACAGUCAGAGACUGGGAGACCGACGGAGAAUGCGCGCGAUUCGAGAUCAUUUGAGCCACGUGGACGAACGGCAGGGUUCGUUGAGGAAUGGAGAGGCGGGAUUCAGGAAGGGAGGAAUGCAGUUGCUGCUGAGAUUGCGGAAAUGGCGGAGGAGGAAAUGCGACGUGAAAUAUUAUUACUUGGGGAAGAGGGGCGAGAAGCGGAAGGGGCGGGGGCCGCGAUGGAACGCGAAAUGUUGACUGAAACGGGGGUGACCCAAUCGACGAGGACGACGGGGGUGGACGUGGAAGGGUGGUGGAAUUUCGUGAGCGAGAUGGAGGGUGAGAUGAGGAGUGAUUGUAACGAGAGAGCUUUGGGGAAUCCUACGAACUGGAGCCGCUGCAACAGCUUUUGUGACUUUGGCAGCAGUUUCGAUUCGAAGGGUUUCCCAGUUGCCGGUUCUUACAACGGGAACCACUCCACUCGCUGGUAGUUCUGACGUAGCCCGCUACAGUGCACUAGUCGCAUCCCCUCUUCCGACCAUGAAGUUGCAUACAGGGU